GCGGAGCUGUAGUGGAUGAAGAGCCCGCUUACAUAUCUGUCCCAGCUGUUCCAGGUGUUCAGCGUCCUCGGGCGACCCGUUUGCGAAGUGGUGGGGUCCAGAGAGGGAGCAUGGAGAGCGGGGCUUCGUUCCAGCAGUGCGCGUACGCACGACGUCAUACGUCACGUCCGGAAACACAAGAUGGCGGCGGCCUUUCGGAGGGUAUGGAGCAGCGGCAGAGUUUUCUCUCAGAGCUGCAGAUGCAUCAGCACAGGACGUGGUCUUCUGCCCAGCCCCCGGCCCCUGCCCUUCCUAUUGGUGACUGGUGGUGGUUACCUUGGUUACAAGCAGUACCAGAAGUGGGGCCAGCAAGAGGAUGGAGCCCCGCCCCCUGUGGCUACACCCACACAGGUGGCGUUGUACCGCUCCUUUCCUACUCGACUUCUCUCUCGGGCGUGGGGUCGUCUGAAUGGGGUGGAGCUCCCCACCUGGCUUCGGAAACCCAUCUACUCCCUGUAUAUCUGGACCUUCGGCGUGAACAUGCAGGAGGCAGCGGUGGAGGAUUUACAUCAUUACAGGAAUCUAGGAGAAUUUUUCAGGCGACGCCUGAAACCUGCAGUCAGACCACUCUGCGCCGCCUCCUGCCUGACCUCUCCGGCUGAUGGAAGGAUCCUCCACUUCGGUCGUGUAAAGAACUCAGAGGUGGAGCAGGUGAAGGGGGUCACCUACAGUCUGGAAAAUUUCCUCGGACCACAGAAGAGGCGGUGCAAAGACUCCUCGUCGUCCUCCUCCUUCAGGGACGACAUCCUCUCCUCUCCUGACAGCGACCUUUUCCAUGUUGUCAUCUACCUGGCUCCAGGUGACUACCACUGCUUCCAUUCGCCCACAGACUGGAGGGUGGAACUUCGGCGUCACUUUCCAGGCUCAUUAAUGUCGGUGAACCCGGGCGUCGCUCGUUGGAUCAAAGAGCUCUUUUGCCUUAACGAGCGUGUGGUGCUCACCGGCCAAUGGCAGCAAGGCUUCUUCUCAUUAACAGCGGUCGGCGCCACGAAUGUCGGCUCGAUCAGAAUUUACUUUGACCAGGAGCUUCAGACCAACACACCUCGUUACAGUAAAGGCUCCUUUCAUGAUCGCAGCUACAUUGCUGACCAGACGGUGAAUUUUGCAGGUGAAGGGGGCGUGACCUUACAGAAGGGGGAGGCGGUCGGAGAGUUUAACCUGGGCUCCACCAUCGUCCUGCUGUUCGAGGCUCCCAAAGACUUCAGCUUCAACCUGCAGCCUGGCCAACGAAUCAGAGUGGGAGAAGGCCUCGGCAGCCUCUAAUUGGAUGACCUACAGGGUCAGGGGGCAGGGCCUGAUCAGAGACAGAUUUUAAGAGAGGAGUUUUAGGAAUUCUGGGUAUUUUUCUCUGCGGAGGGCUCGAAAUGGAUGCUUAUUACGACAAGCACUCAGACUCCCAGAAUGCCUUGUGCCUGUGAGCGGGAAACGCCAAACCCCUCCCACUCUCUCCCUCUCAGUCAGAGACUCGACCUGCAGCUGAACACAUUUCUGUUUGAAUGUUUCAAACUUUAUUGCUCACAGGUUUUUGUUAGCAUCGGCUAGCUCACAUCUGACUGGUGGAAACACAGCAGGAGGCCAGUGAUUGGUCGAAGGGUUAUUAUUACUAAUUUGUUUCAUUAAUCUUGUUUUUUUUUUUUUUUUGUUUGUCGGAUUUAAAUGUGACACCUCCUCCAUUUUCUCUGCUUUUGUAAAAGAUCUAAUUAUGAAUAAAGUUUUUUUUUCUUUUCUUUUUAAAUAGCCUGCACGCACAUUGCUCUUUCUAACCUUCUAGUGGUCGGGGUGGCAGAGUUGUGAGUGUGGCAGCAAUUGGAUGGUGUCCCUUCAGUCAGUGGAUAGCCUGCUGAGCUGUGGCGGCGAAGAAAUUUAAAAAAUGAGUCGAAAUGCAGACUGCACUGUGAUUUGUUUAAAAAAAAUCACAGUGUACUCAAGCAUACAGUGGGAUGAAAUAUCGUCCUCCAAAGGUGCAAACUAAAAAAUCUGGAUAUACAUAUAUGCAACUAUACAGAAAUAAGAUAAACUAAGAAUAAGUACAACAGUAUUGCACUUGAAUAAAAAUAGAAUAAGAAUAGAAAAGAACAGGAAUAAAUAAAUACAACACACAGAGUCGAACAGUGCAAUACAGAAUAGUGUAGAAUAGAAUAGAAUAGAAUAAUCCUUUAAUUGUCCCACAAGGGGAAAUUUGGUUGUAACAGCAGCCAAAAAGACACAUAUACAAACAAACAGGACACAGAACAGAAACAUACACAAUUUUUCUUACAUAUUUACAUUAAGGACAAAGUGUAAGUACCGGAAGUGACAGGAGAGUGUUAUGUAAAGUGUUAUGUGGUCCAACAAGUGUGUGGAGAAGAGAGUCCAGUGUGGAGGAGCCGGAAAGCUAUUAUACAAUCUCACCGACCUGCUCCUGAUACUGCAGAGUCCACUUCCGGAUGGAAGAGGAGUAAACAGUUGGUGGGAAGGGUGAUGCGGGUCAGCCAUGAUGCUA